AGCUGGUCUUGUCGCCACUCUCCCUUGUGACAUGUAACAUGAACAAACAACAACUUGUACAAUACUGAGCGUCUCCCUGUUUCAUGCUCACAAAACAUACCAGCACCGUACAAUCUCAAGUCAUGGCUCCUUGGUGGCCCUCCUCAUCAGAUUCAGACAAAUCCCAGCGUGAUGAUGAUCCAUUCGCCGACUUCCGCCGGUUCGCCGAUGAACAGAUCAACGCUCUAGUUCAAGGCAUCAACUCUCUUCCUGGCUUCAGUUCUGCUUCUCUCGGUGCCGACGAACAACGAUGGUCAGACGAAAUGAGAGAGAUCCGCAAGCGACUGGAAGAAGACUUCCCACCUCUCUUCGCUUCCCUUCUCGGUGCUCCCGAGAGAAGAUCAUACCUCGGCGGUCCCAUCAGCGAAGAAGCUCGCCAGGCUGCUCGUGUCCUACUCUUGCAAGCUCGCAAUGCUAGCUUCGGUGUUGACCCAAGCAGGAUCCUGAGUCUUUAUCAAGAUCAUGGUCAAGGUAUGAUGCCCGUUCACAGCAAGUUCCCCAUCCGUACCACGACCAGCAACACUACUUGGCUGGGCAUCGACUGGUUCAGACACAGCCCGUACUCGCCCGUUCAACUCGAACAACACUCCGCCGCUCAUCAACAUGGUGGCAAAUGGCGUGCUGCCUUUGAAGAUCUGCUCUGUGCUCACCUUGACAAGCCGCAAGUCGCUCAUGACGCUUGGAAAGCCGAAGACUCUGUCGCCGCAUCGGACCCGGACAACCAGACACUGUACAACCAUUGGGCCCAACCUGGUAUCGACUGGAUGCUUGGUUUGCAGUGCAGAGGUAUCUUGCCACCUCAGCUUCCAAGCUUGUACAACAUCACCCCUGGAGAGACCAAGAAACUCGAUCGCGUCUUCGGCAAAAUCGUAUCUGGAGUUAGCAACUUCUGGACACCAUAUGGCCGUGCCGUGUACGAGGACUUUACGCAGUUGGCGAGGAUAGUGGCUUCUCCUGAUGCAGAGGACUUGGUUGUGAGAAGUCAGUCGUUGCCUGAGACGGAGAUGGACAUGUACGAGAACUUGUGGAAAUUCAAGGAUGGUCAUGAGAAGGAGGAAGCAGAUGCACCUGAGUCGAAGCCUGGACUUCUCACUUCAUCGCAGUCAGCCUCAUUCUCAGACGUUCCCGAAAUGCAGAAGCCGAGUGUCAUAUCAGUCAUGACGACAACCGAGAUGCGCACCUUGCCCGACGGCACAGUCUACACCAAGCGCGUUCUCAAGAGAUGCUUCUCCGAUGGCACCGAAGAGAGCAGAGAGGAAGAGUCGACCGGACAGCCUGAAAGUAAAAACAAGUCAGAGGAUUUCGAUAGCGGACAUAAAUUGCAGGACAAGAAGGGUGGCGCUGGAUGGUUCUGGCAUUAAUGGGAGACGAAGAUGGCGUUGUUGCUUUGCUGAUGAUUACCAUGACUGACCUGUGUCGAUAGCUCAAAUAUUCCUAUACCCUUGCCGUAGCUACACGAAUCGAAUAUUCACCUGUCUUGCUCAC